AUGUCCGAUAUACCCCCAGCAGCCAUGAACGUCGUCCUCCCGGAGCAAUCCCCACUGCCGUUGGAGGCCACCGAGAACAUCCUCAGCCGCCUUCCAGUGAAGACCCUCAAGCGCUUCCGCGCCGUCCAGAAAUCGUGGUGUUCUCUGAUCGACAGCGAGAACUUCGCCAAAGAGCACUUGCGUCGGUCGCUGGACUCACCGCGCUCGAACCGGAAUCUCAUCAACGGCUUAAACGGCUUCUGCUGGAUGAGCCUGGCCGCGCUCGAGCAGGUGGAGUCCUUCAAGCCUGCUUUCCAGUACGACGAAAAGGACGAGCACGCGAUUUCAAACUCCGUCAACGGCAUGGUUGUCGUGAUGAGGGAGCCUGCCCCUCCCGUGCUGUGGAACCCUUUCACGAGAGAGCACAAGGUCCUUCCCGCGUGCCCCCGCGAGUUUGAACCGGACGAGCGUCAUUUCUGCAGAACCACGUACGGGUUCGGGUACGACCCAGUAAACGAUGACUACAAAAUCAUCAAGGUUAUGCUCUACAUGUUCAAGAGGCUCUCCCUGUGGUCGUUGUCCGAGGACUGGAUUUACAGCUUGAGGUCGAAUUCCUGGAAGAGGGCCAACGGAGCGCCCUAUACUCACCGCCAUUGGCCCGCCCAUGCCAACGGGGCUCUGCACACGAUUGUCCAGACUCUGUGGUCUGGAGUGCACUUAUAUGGUUUCAGCCUGGUGCACGAGAAGGACUUUGAGGUUAAGAUGCCCCAGGAAAUUGAAAUCGAGGGCAUUGAGAGUUUUACUGUUGAUGCGUUUGAGGGGAUGCUAGCUCUGGGCUGUGCUUACGAGUCCCGGUUCGCGAUCUGGGUUAUGGUGGGGCACGAGAUGUGGACCCGGCUGCUCCAGUUUGCGAUCGGGCCUGAUGAUUUCGUGCGGCCGCUUGCUUUUGCAGAAAAUGGGAAUAAGCUCCUGCUCAACCACAGUUGCAAGAAGCUCACUGUGUGUGAGUUGAUGUCAAUGAGUGCCAAGGAUUUUCCUAUGCCUUUCGAGUUUUCCCCUUUAUUUUGUCUCGAGACCCUUGUAUCACCUCACGCCUGGGACAAGGGGAAGGCUGAGCGUAAAAACUUGAUUAUUGGGAAAAGUAAGAAGAAGGAGAAAAUGAAGAAGAACAAGAAGAGGAACAAGAGGAACAAGAAGUGGACAUGGUCUGUAGCCAAAAGGGAUUGGUAUUAACAUUCUACAAACUGGAUUUGAUCCUGUGCUAGCUCUGAAACAACGCAUGAGGUACCUACGUAGAGUAUAUGCUUUAGUAUUUGCAUGUUGUCUUUCUAUGUAGCUUCUGUCAACAAACCAAAAGAAAAAUAGCUUAUUAUGUGAUGUUGAGAGUGUUAUCUGUUUUGUGGUGUAGUAUGUGAUGGAAUUGAGCUAGUGCUAGUCUACAUGAAUGCAAUGGUUUUUGGAAUUCUGUGUUGGCAGACUGGUUAAUUAGUGUGUUUAUCUCGGCUUCUUUCAUUGACCGUUGGCAAGAAUUGUGGAGCUCCAUGUACUAAUAUUAGUAUAUGGUGGAUUAAUCCAGUGUCUUUCGAUUAAACUGUUAUAUCUAAAACUUACUUUUAAGAAUCUAUGUAUUUCAUUGAAUAUGAGUAUUCUCGAAAUUAAUGUGUUGAUAUAUAUUUGUGAACCUCUCAUGAUG